AUGGAUGUUUAUCUCAAGACAAGACUGCGCUUCUCCGCCUGCAAUCCCACCUUUCGUCAAUUCGAGAAAUCCUAUCCACUGCAUAUCAAAAACCUGAGUCUCCGAAAGAAAGGCUUCCAGAUCGAUGACACCAUCUACCGACUUGGAAUAUAUCGGACUUACGAAGCAUGCACUUACAUGGCAAUCGACUAUAACCGAGAGGGAGGCGUGCAGUACGACACUGCGAUUUUCGAUCGAUAUGGUAUUAAUGAGCCCAAAAAAAUAUAUAAGGGUUCGUUAGAAAGAGAUAUGAGGGAGCUGGAAAAAGCGAAGAAGAAAUUGGAGAAACUUCGUAAAGUGGUGAAAGGCAAUGCUGAGCGGAUCAAGGAAAAAGGAGAAUUGACAAAGAAGAUUCGGAUCAUCAAUGAAAAAGUUGCGAUUUCAAAAUCAAAGUUUGAGGAAUUCAUUCUACUAAAAAUCUCGGGAAAAAAGCACAAUGAGCAGCUGAUGGUGAACUACACCGAACCCAUCCAGGAGGCUUUCAAGGAUCUUAUGGAUAGGAUUUUUGGUGGAAGAGGACAUCAGAUCCAUGUUAGACAUCUCGAGAUUCUUGGCGGAUUCGAAAAUCCGCUCAAAACCGUAAAAAUGCAAGUGAAGCACUUGGAUAUGGAAUAUUUCACCAAAUUGAGGGAUUUCGAAGACCUUUUCUUCACGAACAGUCCUCCUCUGGAAACCGCGAGAUGCUAUUUACAAGGCUACGAAGAUCAUAUGCUCCUUGCUAACGCGAAAUUGCUCAUCCUGAAGGUUGGGGUGGUUGAAAGCGUGUUUAUGUUCGAUGUAAAAAAGUUUUCAAAUCCCCGAAUUCUGUUCAAAUGCGCGGAUUGCUUCCGAUCAGCUCACGCAAUCGCUUUCUGCUUCAAAAAGAUGAAUAAAGCUGCCAAGAGACAUUACACAUUUGAAGUGUCAGCAGAAAAUCACGAAUGGUAUAGGAUGGUUCGGAGGUUUGCAGAUGAGGACACAAAAAACCACUUUGAUGAGAGAGGAUUCGCGUUCCCAGCGACUUUCACCAUCAAGACAAAUGCUGGAGCGGAUCUCAAAUUCUCUGCAGACCAAAAAGAUGAUUCCAUUGUGACCAUCGAUUUGGAACUAACACCAUAA